AUGGCCAAGUACAAGCUGGACGUGACAACAGGGGACAUGGACUUUGCAGGAACGUGGGAUUACGUUUUCCUCACUUUAAUUGGAGCAAAUGGAGAAAGUGAACGGACUGAGCUGAGCAACUUCGGCCUCAACUUUCAAAGUGGGACGACUGGGACCUACACCAUAACAACCCCCUUGUCUCUGGGACGCAUCCUGCUGAUCAAAGUCGAAAAAGAUCCGAAUAUUAUUCUCCCAGAAAAUGAGUGGUACUUCUCCAAAGUGGUGGUGACAACUCCAGAAGGAGACGUCAUCCUGUUCCCCUGUUUCCGAUGGAUGAACAGUGGAGAGGUGGUGGAGCUGAGAGGAGGCAGAGCCAUGAAAAUCUUUGAGGAUGAUCAUCCAAUACUGAGUGAACACAGGAAGAAUGAACUGAUGCAGAGAAAGAACAUAUAUGGGUAUGAAAUUAAGGAAAAGGGAAUCCCAUAUUUCACAAAUUUCAGAGAUAUAACGGAAAUUCCAGGUGACAUCCGCCUCUCAAAGUCGAAAAUCGAUGAAAUGAUGGACACUAAGAGAUGGAUCGGUCUUGAACUGGGGCUUAAGGGGCUGUUUGGAUCGCCUAAAAAGUGGGAAAGCUUUGAAGACAUGACCAAAAUAUUCUGGCGCAAAAAGACACAAAUCUCAGAGUAUGUAACAGAGCACUGGAGGGAAGAUGCCUUUUAUGGAUCCCAGUAUCUGAACGGAGUCAACCCUGGGGUGAUGGUUCGCUGCUCAGAGCUUCCCCCAAACUUCCCAGUCACUGAUGAGAUGGUGAAGCCAUUCCUGGAGGAGGGAACCACUCUGAAGGAGGAAAUGGAGAAAGGUAAUAUAUUCCUGUCUGAUAAGAAGAUAAUGGACCGAAUCCCAACUCGAUCCUAUGAGGGUAAACCCAUCCCCGUGACUCCUGGUUUGUGUUUGUUCUACCUGAACCCACAGAGGAAUCUGAUGCCAAUUGCAAUACAGUUGUAUCAAGAGCCUUCAGAGAAGAAUCCCAUUUUUCUGCCCAGUGACUCUGAGACAGACUGGUUACUCGCCAAGAUGUUCUUUAAAAAUGCAGAUUUCAAUCACCAUCAAGCAAUCUACCACCUCAUGUCAACUCACUUUUUGGCAGAGGUCUACAACAUUGCAACCAUGCGCUGCUUGCCUGUGAUCCAUCCCAUCUUCAAGCUGCUCAUCCCACACUUCCGUUACAUUAUCUACACGAACGUCAAAGGCCGCAACAGUCUUUUUUCACCUACAGGACCGUUGAGCAUCAGCUCACUUGGGUAUGACGGGCUGAUGGAGCUCAUGAGAAGAGGUCUGAACGAACUCAAGUACUCCAACCUGAUUGUUCCGGAAAACAUCACCGAACGAGGACUGGACUCCAUCCCCAACUUCUACUACAGAGAUGAUGGCUUGAAGCUGUGGGACAUAAUCAACAGAUUCGUCAGGAAGAUGGUCGAGUACUACUACCCCUCAGACGACGUGGUGACUAAAGACGUUGAGCUGCAGGACUGGAUCGGUGAAAUAUUCAAGUAUGGCUUCUUAAGCAAGAAAGAAACAGGGGUUCCAGACAGCUUUAACACAGUUGAGGAAGUGAUUAAGUUCAUCACUAUGAUUAUCUUCUAUUCAUCUGGUCAACAUGCUGCUGUAAACAAUGGACAGUUCGACUACCUGUCCUGGGUGCCCAACGGAUCCCUCCUCCUGGUUAAAUCUCCUCCACACACCAAGGGCCAGUCGACUGAGAGGGACAUUUUGGAGUCUGUCCCCAACGUUGGAGACACCGUCAGCUUUGUGGGAAUGGCUUGGAUGCUUUCACUUGUAUACAAAGACUUCGUUCCCUUGGGUACAUUCCCCGAGGAGCGAUUUGACGAGCCCACCCCCAAGCAGUUCAUGAAGGAAUUUCACCGAGAACUGAUCCUUCUCACCGACACCAUUGAUGCUAGAAACGCGCUGCUGGAUGUUCCCUACUACUAUCUGAACCCUAACCAAAUAGAGAACAGCAUUACUAUUUAAAGAGGGAACCCUUCUGUAACAGCCUUGAAUAUAAAUACAUUUGUCUAUAUCUGUCGUGCAUGCUGGAAGAUGUUCACUUAUAAUACAGUCGAUAUCUGAGGUGCAUUCUGUGACAUGUUUGUAAUCUGAGUCUUUAUUGUAGCUGUGUGUAAGUUUAACUGUGUUGAUUGAAAUAAUAAUAUGAUGUACUUAUCUGAGCCCAACUGCGAUAGAU